UCAAAACUACUCAACUGGCUUGUAAAAAGUCUUGGCGGAGCCAAGACGCAAUCGACCAGCCAUCUUUCCAUCCCAUCGCCCAUCGCCCCUCUGUUUGGCAAGCCGCAACAUCAUGAUACCAAUGUCUUCUUCUACCAAACCAAUUCAUGUAUUGCGUGGCCUUCUAAGGCAUAUGGACCGCACGUUGCCACAAGAGAUUGCUGCUAAAGGUCCUUCGUCAAGCACAAUCCCAGCACGAUCAUUCGUCCUACAGCAGUACCGUGCGUCCCAACAAGUAUCAUGCCCAGACGAAACCGCUCAACUACGUCAAUUGGCUUCCGAUUUUCUGCAGUUGCACCGUGAUCUCAAGGAAAGGGAUCGGUUAUAUGAACUGGAUGCAGGGGUUGAAAGUGUUUUGACGCCGAAAGAAAUGAGUCGUCGAGCCGCUGCAAGGGCUGGGUUGCAGCUUCCUGAUCUCGAUCCCAAUUUGGGCUAAAACUUGUGCUGGAAAGAGAGAAAAGGAGGAAUGGAACACUGUUGCAAUCGACUCUGACCAGAGGAAUUCUUCAACAAAGGGUUAGCGGAACCUGGCACCUAAUCUAAUGUUGAACAACUUUGCUUUGAUUGUUUUACUAUAGAAAUAUCAAACCACCCCCUUCAGUUAAGCAUUCGUAUGUUUCCCCGUCAUUUAGCAGCUACCCAUUGGUGACG